UACUACGCGCGGUAGUAGUAGCCAAGCGCCCGAGGGUGCCGUCCGGAGCGGGGAUCUAGUAUAGUGGUUGUUGCCGUUCGUCGCGAUAUAUCCCCACACACUUCGGCGGGAGUUAUACUUAAUUCGCCCCUGCAGAAAGCGCAGUGAGACUUCUCGAAGGAGGACCCUCAUCCUUACAGAAAUGGUGAUUCCUAUAUUCUUGACCUGCGGGCCAAAUGAAGUCCUCGUUGUGUCUGGCGUUGGGUAUGACAAGCCGGCCAUGAUAGUUGGUGGGCGGGUCGUCGCUUUCACUUGUUUCCAACGAUGGCGAAGACUCUCCCUCAAUGUAAUGGCCCUAACUGUGGAGUCUCCGGAUGUAUACACUAUGAAAGGUGUACCACUGAAAGUGACUGGCAUUGCACAGGUCAAGAUCAACAGCAGCGUUCCAGAGGUUCUAGAGCUGGCUUGCGAGAACUUCCUGGGCAAGAGGCAGGAAGAUUUGGAAGACCUCAUUACAUCUACCCUGGAAGGACACCAGAGGGGCAUCAUUGGCACUAUGUCUGUGGAGGAUAUAUACAAAGACAGGAAGCUCUUUAACACAAGAGUCUUCGAUUCUGCGUCGAAGGACCUUUGCACUCUAGGACUCCAGCUUCUGUCUUACACUAUCAAGAAUAUCUGGGAUGAAAAUGGCUAUUUAACAGCCUUAGGUAUGUCCCGAACGGCAGAGGUUCAAAGAGAUGCUCGUAUAGGGGAGGCCAUAGCCCAGAAAGAUGCCUCCAUCAAGAAGGCCAUUGCGGAUGAAGAACUAACUGCUUCCAAAUAUGCCAAUGAGACCUUGAAAGCCCAGGCCAACAGAGACUUCGAGACUCAGAAAGCAGGAUAUGAUAGAGAAGUUAAUACCAAGAAAGCUGAGGCUGAUUUGGCCUACACUCUGCAAGAGUGCAUCACAAGACAGAAGAUCAAAGAGGAAGAAAUGGAAACGAAGGUUGUGGAGAGAAAGGGUCAGAUUGCACUGGAAGAACAGGAAAUUGAACGUCGUAAGAAGCACAUUGAGUCUACGAUCAAACAACCUGCCACAGCUGAAAAGUACAGGCUAGAGGUUAUUGCAGCAGCAGAGAGACAGAAGGCAGUACUCGAAGCCGAAGCCGAGGCUGAAGCAAUCAAGCUCAAGGGUGAAGCCGAAGCCUUUGCCAUCGAGAAGAGAGCCAAGGCUGACGCUGCCCAGUUGCACAGUAAAGCUGAAGCCUAUGAUGAGUUUGGAAAGGCUGCCAUCUUGGACAUGUACCUUAACACUUUGCCAAAGAUGAUUGGAAACAUUGGCCAGGCUCUGGCAAACACCAAAUCAGUAAAGAUGGUGUCCACAGGGGACAGUGCCUUAGGCGCCCACAAAAUGACGAAAGAAGUGAUGGACAUUGUCGUGAGCGUCCCAGACAUGAUAAACGACAUGACGGGAGUGAAUAUGAAACAGACUCUUCAGACUGCAGUGUAGUGCUACUUGUGAUAAAAAAUCACAAACAUUACCCUUAACCAUAAGAAAUGGCGCUGGAGAAGAGAAAAAAGGGGAUCACGGUUGUCUACACAGAGUUCUGGUAAACUCGACCAGGAAAUUUCACUGCCAAAAAAUGCUCAGCAACCAGUGGGAAAUUUUGGUCAUGUGAGGUGUGUGAUAAUAUCUGAAUUCACCGGAUGGGUAUCUGUACUUUUGGACUAAGAUGAAACAUAAUCUUUAUUGUGGCUCAAGGAUGAGCCAUUGAACAUUCUCUCGUGACCUUGGUUCAAAAUCUUGAUUGGGAGAGAGUUUCUUCAUGUCAGUUUCAUCUUGGAAUUCAAGGUAUACAGUGGAAAAAUGAUCAAACCUUACUGUUUGUUGCAUUUACAUAGAGUUUUGACAAGUAUGGUGAGUAGAUGUGAUACAGGUCUUUAGAACUAUUGUCAGAAGUGUAGCGAAAAAUUUAAGAAUUCUUCAUGCACAAAUCUUACAAGAGAGCAUUUGAAAAAUCUAUUGUGAGUAAUUAACUCAUUUCAAGAGGUAUUUAUCUAAAUAUUCUUACAUGUGCUGCAUUACAAAUACUGUACAUAUUGUGUAGCUUUUAAACUCAAACUGUGCUACAUUCAAUUUUAUUUGCUUAAUUUUAUUUGCUGAGAAGAAUUUAUGCUAAGAAAUUUUAUACUCGAAGACUAUUCAUGAUUUGUUUUAUGGUAUUUUCAUUUAUUUUUUGUUUAUUGCAUGACACAUUAAAUGGUAUAAGUGAUGCAGAAAGUGGUCAUAUUGUGCCGGAUGUAUGUUAAGCUUGAGUUUAGAUUUUAUGACAGAAAAAUUUUGUUGUAAAUAUUGUAGAAUAAGUACUUAUUCAAGCACAUUUAUGUUAUUCUAAGUUGUAGCAUUUAUGUAGAAUUAGACUUAGCUACAGAACAGUGAAUGACAUGGGUCCGUUUCUGUCUUCUUGGAUGAAAAUGAGAACUUGCGUCUUCGGAAACCUGUGCUGAUGAUGUUCAUGUUUUGUUGUCAGCAUCAGCCGCUCUCUGCUCUCCUGUAAAAAUGGCAAAACGUCUCUUUCGGCUGAGUUCAGGAAGGAGAACCAGUGUAGCAGGGCACACAUCACAUAUUUUCUGUUUAGGUUUGAUGUUGUGACUCCUUUUAGUUCAUAUCCUGGCUGAAGCAGUCUAAAAACACACGUGUCUUGCACAUCACUGUAGUCUCUCUCUCUCUCUCUCUCUCUGCCACUGAAAUUAUUUUCAGAUACUUCAUGAGUGUCAGUUGGCUUUUGGCACAAAACCAGUUGCAUUUUGGAAAUGAUAGGCUCAAGAUGAGACAGAAUGAAAAACUUGUCCUUUUAAUACUUAAAAUUUCUUUGUAAAAUUAUUUGCAUGUGUAAUUUUUUGUUGCAGUAGGGACUGAAAGUCAAAUUUGGCAGUGUUGUGUGAAGUUCCUAAUAGGAAAUUAGUUAAUAUUUCUUACUGGUUGGAAAAAUUGUUGCUGACUCCUGUCCCAGUAGAUUGUUAAAAAAAACUGCACAAAUGUAAGUUAGUUUUGAAUCUGUGGCUAUGGUGAUGAAAAUGGGAAUAUCCUAGACAUCCUCAGAGUGUCAUCCUUUACUGAGUAUUUUAAUGAUUUGUACAGCAUUGGAAGUGGAAGAGCAUAAAUAGUGUAUUUUGAUUAACUAUUCGCAUACAUAUACAAUAUACAGUAGCAACUCAACAGAUGCCUUAGGGGCCUGGGCUUUUUGAUUAUACUAGUACUAACAAAGUCUAGAUAUCUUACAGCUCACAGCAAUUCCACAUAGUUCCUAACCUAAACUAAGCCGUCCUUACAUUCAAUUAUAACAAUAUUUAACAAAAUUUAUCUCAUCCAGAAUAGUAUCAUUGGAAAAAAUAAUCUUAAUAUGGCAGCUGAUAAGUACACAAGUUUAUAAAUUGAGGUCUCACUGUAUACAGUAUAUGUGUGUAAGUGUGUGUGUAUACUAAUAAUAUAAAUAUAAGGGCAAAUACCACGAAGGAAAAGUGAAACAACAGAGGGGUUGCUAGGCCUUUCAACAAACAGUCCUUUACUAGCUAGCUAAUAAAGGACCAGGCAUUGAAAGGCCUAGCAACCACUCCCUUCGUGGCAUUUGCCCUUAAUUAUUUAUACAUUCAUCACGUUCCAUAUCUUCAUGAAUCAGUUAUACACACUGAUAAUGUACUAAUGUAUAUAAAUUUUUUCACUAUACACCAACUUUUCAUAUUAUGCUGAUAGCACCAGAAAGUGAUAGCCCUUUGGUUUUUGGCAAAACUGUAGGAAUGAGGUGUUUUGAUAGUGGUUUCGAUUUUAACUUGGAAAACAUUACCAGGUGUAUAGAUGUCAGGAGCCUUUCCAACCUAGUUUACAGAUAUCUGCCAUUAAAUUCAUAGCUCACUUAUGUUUUAACUAAUACUACAUCAAAUGUGGUGCUGGUUUUGUAUUAUUGUACUCCUUUUAGAUAUGCCAGUACAAUAAGACCUUAAUAACUCAGGGCAUAUAGGACUUAGAAUUUUGUUCAUUGUUAGGUCUCCUUAGUUGCUCCAUAUUUAUUUGAAAUUGGGACUUUAUACUUGAAGAAACUUGCAUUUGCUAAGACCUUAGCUUAAUUAUUAACAGGUAGUUUAAUGUAAGCUAUGAUAAAUAAAGAUGACACUGUGGCCUCAUACUAUGAAAUCAGGGAGAUACAAAACAUUUAAUUACCCCAGCAUGCUUCAUGCACUUAUUGUUCACAUAUGGUACAUACGGUAUGUGUUCUGUAUAUUCAGUACUGUUCUAUUUUCACUGUGUUUUAUUGCAACAGCACAGUUUAGGUCUGUUUAUUCACAGAACACUUCAUAAUAGUUUUUAAAAAGAAUAAACACUGCAUCAAAAUGUAUAUACUUACUGGAGAGUCAGUCUUUCUCUCUCUCUCAAAAUUGAUACAGUUCUUUUAUAUUUAUGUGUGCUAAUGUGGUGCUAUUGACACUGGUAAUCAGAAAUGAUUUAUGAGUAAUCAUCUGUAAGAGAAAUGCGGUAGAUCAUAUUACUGUAUUUAAGGUAUAAAGUUAUUAAGUUGAAUCCUAUAUUUAAAACCUAUGUUCUCUGUAGAUUUGUCACAAAUAUUCUUUCCAUCCUCAGUCACUGUUAUCCU